UCUGAGGGUGUGGUGCUGCCCAUGUGGAACCCCCAAAACCCUGCGGUGGGUGACAAGGUGGCACGCGCCAUUGUUUACUUUGCAGCUCUUAUAUACAUGUUCCUGGGUAUGUCCAUCAUCGCAGACCGCUUUAUGUCAUCUAUCGAGGUCAUCACCUCUCAGGAAAAGGAGAUCACCAUCAAGAAGCCCAACGGUGAGACAACGACAACUACUGUGCGAAUCUGGAAUGAGACGGUAUCCAACCUGACCCUGAUGGCGCUAGGCUCAUCAGCACCAGAGAUCUUGCUGUCUGUCAUCGAAGUGAUCGGCCAUAAUUUUGAGGCUGGAGCUCUGGGUCCCAGUACCAUCGUGGGUAGCGCUGCAUUCAACAUGUUCAUUAUCAUCGCUAUCUGUGUCUAUGUGGUGCCAGAAAAUGAAACCCGCAAGAUAAAGCACCUGCGGGUGUUUUUUGUCACUGCUGCCUGGAGUGUGUUCGCCUACAUCUGGCUGUAUCUCAUCCUGUCUGUGUUCACCCCCGGAGAGGUGGAGGUUUGGGAGGCAGUCCUCACCUUCCUCUUCUUCCCUCUCUGUGUGCUGCAAGCCUGGGUCGCAGACCGGCGCCUGCUCUUCUACAAAUACGUCCACAAGCGUUAUCGUGCUGACAAGACCCGUGGCAUUAUCAUUGAGUCAGAAGGAGAUGCCAUGUUCACUAAAAUGGACUUGGAGAUGGACGGCCAAGGCAUGAACUCCCACACUCAUCCCAAAGAGGCUUUGGAUGGGAUGCUGGAGGGGGUGGAGGAAGGCAGAGGAAUGAGCGUGGAGCAAGAUCAAGAGGAAGAGGCCCGACGGGAGAUGGCUCGCACUCUGAAAGAGUUAAAGCAGAGGCAUCCGGAGAAGGACAUGGAGCAGCUGAUUGAGAUGGCCAACUACCAAGUACUAGUCCAGCAACAGAAGAGUCGGGCCUUCUAUCGUAUUCAAGCCACACGCAUGAUGAUCGGAGCUGGGAACAUCUUGAAAAAGCACGCCGCUGACCAGGCCAGGAAGGUGGUGAGCUGUCAUGAGGCCAGUGGGCAGGAGGAAGAUCCCAACACCAUCUACCUGCAGUUUGAUCCCUGUCACUACCAAUGCUUUGAGAAUUGCGGCUCACUAAAGCUGUCAGUGAGCCGGCAUGGAGGAGAAAGUGGCUGCACGGUGAAAGUGGACUACCGCACAGAGGAUGGGACUGCCAACGCAGGCUCAGACUAUGAGUUUGCUGAGGGCACUUUGGUAUUCAAGCCUGGUGAGACGACGAAAGAAUUCACUGUUGGUGUUAUUGAUGAUGACAUUUUUGAAGAGGAUGAGCACUUCUACGUGCGCCUUAGUAACCCACGUAUCGUACAUAGAGCUGAGGUCUCCAUCCUGGAGCCAAACUCUAUCACCUCCAGCAACAGCACAGUGGGCGUCUCCUCCCACAUUCCUCCAAAGGCAGCCCUGGGCAAUGCUCACACCGCCACGGUUACCAUCUAUGAUGACGACCACGCUGGCAUUUUUACGUUUGAGAGUAACUCCACGAGGGUCAGCGAGAGCAUCGGCAACAUGCAGGUGAAGGUUCACCGGACGUCCGGGGCGAGGGGGAAGGUAGCGGUGCCUUACCACACCAUCGAGGGCACUGCCAAGGCUGGGGAGGACUACGAGGAGGUGUCUGGGAAGCUGGAGUUUCAGAACGAUGAGACCAUGAAGCUGUUGAAUGUGAAGAUCAUCGAUGACGAGGAGUACGAGAAGAACAAGACCUUUACGAUCGUGUUGGAGGAACCCAUCCUGCUGGAGGUGGGACAGAGACACGGUGAGUUGAGGACACAGCUUGGAGGGAAUUUCAUUACAUCUGACACCAAUGAUAACAAGACAGUGGUGGGACCCGAGGAUGUGUCAAAGAUGGGCUGCCCCUGUCUGGGAGAGCACACAAAGCUGGAGGUGGUCAUUGAGGAGUCUUAUGAAUUUAAGAGCACAGUGGACAAGCUGAUCAAGAAGACGAACCUGGCUCUGGUGGUGGGGAGCAGCAGCUGGAGAGAGCAAUUUGUUAGCGCUGUCACUGUCAGCGCAGGUGAGGCUCUGUGUGACGAUGAUGAAGAGGAAAGUGGGGAAGAACGCUUGCCAUCCUGCUUUGAUUACAUUAUGCACUUCCUGACGGUUUUCUGGAAGGUCCUCUUCGCUUUUGUCCCACCCACUGAGUACUGGAAUGGCUGGGCCUGCUUCUUUGUGUCCAUUUCCCUCAUUGGCAUUCUGACAGCCGUGACCGGGGACUUGGCCUCUCAUUUCGGCUGCACCGUCGGCCUCAAAGACUCAGUCACUGCUGUGGUGUUCGUGGCCCUCGGCACCUCUGUUCCAGAUACCUUUGCGAGUAAAGUGGCUGCCAUUCAGGACCAAUAUGCUGACGCCUCCAUCGGGAACGUGACUGGCAGCAAUGCAGUGAAUGUGUUCCUGGGCAUUGGGGUGGCGUGGACCAUCGCGGCCGUUUACUGGCAGACCAAAGGCAAGGUGUUCAAGGUGCACCCAGGCUCCCUGGCCUUCUCCGUCACCCUCUUCACCAUCAUGGCGCUGCUGGUUGUGCUGGUGCUGCUCUACCGCCGGCGCCCCAGUGUGUCGGCCGGAGAGCUCGGGGGCCCACGGACAGCCAAGCUCCUCACCUUCUUCCUCUUCCUCUCCCUCUGGUUCAUCUACAUCCUGUUGUCCUCCUUGGAAGCGUACUGCCAUGUUCCUGGCUUCUGA